AUGGUAAUCAGGCCAAACACCGAAGGCAUGCUCACAAAAGUGAGUGCUGUCCAGCACCACGGCGCCAUUGAACACCGUAUUGCCUUGGGCUUUUCGACGAUGAUGCUCCUAAACGCCACCAGUCUUCAGCUGCAUGAGUUCUUCGGCUACAGCAUCCCAAUCUACGCAAUCCUCUCGCACACCUGGGAAGAAGACGAGGUUACACUGCAAGAUGUCACCAAUUCUUCUUAUGCCCUCAAGAAGGGGUUCGCCAAGGUCCGCGCCUGUUGUGCCCAGGCCCUCCGGGACGGCAUCAUCUGGGUUUGGAUCGAUACGUGCUGCAUCGAUAAAACCUCGAGUGCCGACCUCUCCGAAGCCAUCAAUUCCAUGUUCCGCUGGUAUCAAAACGCGACCGUCUGCUACGUCUACCUUAGCGACCUGCUGGCUCAGAAGCCUGGCCGGCUGGACUACUUGGCUUUCAAGUCUACCAAGUGGUUUACCAGAGGCUGGACUCUCCAAGAGCUACUUGCGACCAGGCUCAUCGAAUUCUAUGACUGCGACUGGAACGAAGUUGGGACCAAGUCCUCUCUCGAGUACCUCUUACACAACCGGACGGGAAUCCGACGUGACGUCCUUUCGCAUGACACCCCAAUACCAUCGUUGCCCGUAGCCGAACGUAUGUCUUGGGCUUCGACAAGGAAAACAACGCGACAGGAGGACAUCGCGUACUGCCUCUUGGGCAUAUUCGACAUCCACAUGCCACUUCUUUACGGUGAAGGGGAUCGAGCUUUCGUCCGCCUACAGCAAGAGAUCAUACGCAAUUCGGAAGACAUGAGCGUUCUCCUCUGGGCUCAGACAUACUCUUUAGGAGAGCAAUCCGGCGUCCUUGCACAAAGUCCUGCCGCUUUCGAAAGAGUUCGCCUCUAUUUCCCCGGAGAUUUACCUGUGCGUGACACUGAGUUGACUUGGGAUAAUGCUAAGCGUCUUAAAUACCUCCCCAAAGCCUCGCUCAAGUCUGAAGCCGGGUAUUCGACCUUCGGAGGCCUCAGAGAUAACUCGAAGACGGUACCUCCUACAGUCACAAGCCGAGGCCUGCAUGUUCAGCUGCCAGAAGUCUAUGUCUCACCUAACACCAUGGGGGCACGUUAUUUGUGGACUCGAUACCUCCUCACCAUUCCACGCGAUGGGUACACCAAAGAGUACUACUUGUGUGUCGAAGUCAAGUGCGUUGACCCGGAGAAUGGACUUUACGUUAGAUCUAACACAAGCCGUAUCCGCGCUAUGCCGAUCACGGCUAGGAUUGAUAAUGCGUUUCCUGAGCCGCUGUAUCUAUCAAUGAAAAAUUCUUAUGGUCUGGUCGGGCCGGAAGUUGGCCGCGAAGGUGCUAUCGGACAAGCGUCAUCCAAGACUUUCAGGAUAUCCAUGGAGGGGAAACACGCCCUUGCGCUCCAAGUCCACAAGUCCGACCCCGCAGGCCAGGCUUUCAACACCGGCAGUAUUAGCCCGCAUCAAUGGAUCUACUACGUUGAGCAACAAAGCAUCACAUAUAUCGUGCUCCGUAUCACUGAGACCCUAGACUCCGUUGCGAGAACGUUCGUGCGCGACAUCGUGGUCGGGGUGCGUCUGGAGGCGGAUGGGCGGACCAUGACAUGUAGUCUGGGGACGGAUCAGUCACAGAUGCUGGACUUUGUCGAGCACAACGCAGUCGUUCAUGCCGAAUCCUGGCGCAGGAUCAAGAAUACGUUCAAUGGUACUUCGUGGUCUGAUCGGUCUUUUCAGAUUCUCUCGGGACAGCGCUACAUACUCGGGGCAGCAGUCAAACCCAGCGAGUCUGGGUCUAUUCUGCUUCUUCGAGUUGAUCACUGGGAAGUCUCUCCAUGA